AAAUAAAUAAUAAAACCAAAGAUGAAAAACAAGUUUCAUUGUCACAUAACCACAAGCUCCUAGCCACAUCACAUGGUCUAAAUUCUACUCACUAUCCAGCUACUAUUUCAUUCCAUCUCAAAACUUGAAGCUCUAAACCACUCUUCACCACUAUGGUACUCUCUUCCUGUUCUUUUACUUGGACUUCCCCCUACUUAUCUCAUAAGCUAAACUUGCCACAUUCGAAUCAUUUGCUUCGGAACGUUGCAACUUCAUCUUCUAACAAUGUCUCUUGUGCAAUGGAAACAACUUCUAGUACAGAAAGACACUGCCAAAGAAGACCUCUACUGUUGGGUAUAGGAGCAUUAGCAGCAAAUUUGCAAUCAACAAAUUUACUCUUUGCUGAAGAAAUACCAGACAGAUACCGAGCUUUUGUCGAUUAUUCAGAUGGAUAUUCUUACGUUUAUCCCUCGGAUUGGAAGGAAUUUGACUUCAGGGCUCAUGAUUCUGCAUUCAAAGACAGAUAUCUACAGUUACAAAAUGUAAGGGUAAGAUUCAUACCAACUGAGAAGAAUGAUAUCAGAGAUUUGGGACCAAUGGAAGAGGUUGUAACUGAUUUGGUGAAAUAUAGAUAUACUGCACCAAACCAAAGAUCAACAAUAUAUGACAUGCAGGAGCGGACGAUAGAUGGAAAACAUUACUAUACAGUUGAGUAUGUACUUGCAUCACGAGGUUGGGGUAGUGCCUCCUUUGCAACACUUGCCAUAGGAAAUGGAAGGUCCUACACAUUAAUUGUAGGAGCCAAUGAAAGGCGAUGGAAAAAAGUACGAAAUCAGCUUAAAGUGGUAGCAGACUCCUUUAGGAUCUUUGACAUUUGAAAUGUUACAGGAUCAAACAAGACAUGUUCCAACUAGCCUACAUAUCAAGAUUGAAAUAUAUGUAAAUUUUUGCAAGUGAAUGAUAUCAUCUAUCGUUUAUAUCAUACAAAUACCAAAUUUCUUUCGGUUUCUGUAUGUCA